AGCAGAAGACACCGCGUGUACGGGACCAAUCGCAAGGCGCGGUUGGCCGCUCUCCCUCCCCCCGAUCGUUUUCGGCUGCGUGCGUGCGUGUUCGCUCUCGCGCGCUCCUCCUGCCGUCGCUGCAACCACACAAAGCCCUUUAGAGUGAAUUGUGAGCGAGUGCGGAUCACAUUUUUCCUGUACGGCAUAUCAAUCAACGCAACAAUGGCAGCUCACUGGAUCCGCAGAGCAAUCCCCUUGAAGGUCACCGGUGUGCGACUUUACAGCAAUAAGGUGCACAAAUGCACCCUCAUCCCCGGAGAUGGCAUCGGACCCGAGAUCUCCGUAGCCGUGCAGAAGAUCUUUGAAGCUGCCAAGGUACCUAUAGAAUGGGAGUCUGUUGAUGUGACACCUGUAAAGGGUCCUGAUGGCAAGUUUGGUAUACCGCAAGCAGCCAUCGACUCUGUCAAUAGGAAUAAAAUUGGUCUGAAAGGCCCUUUGAUGACUCCCAUAGGAAAAGGACACAGAUCUCUGAAUCUUGCACUCAGAAAGGAAUUCAACUUGUACGCCAACGUACGGCCAUGCCUGUCAUUGGAGGGAUAUAAGACAUUGUAUGACAACGUAGACGUCGUCACUAUCCGGGAAAACACGGAGGGCGAGUACUCUGGUAUAGAGCAUGAAAUCGUGGAUGGUGUAGUGCAGUCUAUUAAGUUAAUUACUGAAGAGGCUUCUUCUAGAGUAGCGGAAUUCGCUUUCCAAUAUGCCAGAGACAAUAAUAGGAAAAAGGUAACUGCUGUACAUAAAGCAAAUAUCAUGAGGAUGUCGGACGGCCUGUUCUUGCGAUGUUGCCGAGAAGCCGCGCAGAAGUUCCCCAUGGUUAAAUUUGAGGAGAAAUACUUGGACACAGUUUGCCUAAAUAUGGUACAAGAUCCGAGCCAAUAUGAUGUGCUCGUAAUGCCUAACUUGUACGGUGAUAUUCUAUCGGAUAUGUGCGCUGGCCUAGUGGGCGGACUCGGUCUUACUCCUAGUGGAAACAUCGGUCUGAACGGGGCACUCUUCGAAUCUGUACAUGGCACGGCACCAGAUAUCGCUGGCCAGGAUAAGGCAAAUCCGACGGCGUUGUUAUUAUCAGCGGUGAUGAUGCUGAAGCACAUGGGUCUAACCAAUGAAGCUAAGAUCAUCGAAAAUGCCGCUUACGAUACCAUCAAGGAGGCGAAAUAUCUGACCGGCGAUCUAGGCGGAACUGCGAAGUGUAGCGAGUACACCAACGAGAUCUGCAAGAAGGUCGCUGCACAGUCGAAAUAAACAGAAGUGCCGUCGAUCUGAGAUGCCUGAACUGCCAAAUACUCGUAGAAUGUUGCGCCCUUGUUAAACGGGCCACUCUAUUUUCUACCAUCGUUGUACUGUGCGUCUCUGCUCGUGUUCGGGCUCGCGAUAGGUCGCGUACUUGAGUAUCCCGUCAUAUUGUUUGUCCACAUGUAGAGAUCAAUGCAGCGAUUCUUCUUGAAUCUCUAUGAUUCGAUCUGCAAACGUUUUUUUGGACGAUUUAUAAAAAGUAUUUAGGACUGUAUUUUACUUAUAUAUGCUAAAUUUCAAAAAAUUCAAAUAAGUCAUAGCGUGUUUUCAUCGAAAUAAAAAGAUGUACAUAUAUAAUUUAUUUCGCACAAUACGUAGAAUCGCAUGACAGAAUCUCGCUAAAGAAACUGUGAAUCAUUAGUAGAACAAACGUUGCGCGGGCAAGAGAUUUUAAAUAAUCUCGAUGAUGAUCCAUCAAGUAUGAAACGACAUUUAGUUCUAUUUUAUCGUGAAAUGAAGUGAAAUGCAUGUACGCCACCGUUCGUUGAGACUUACAUUGACUGAGCAUGUUUUGUGUAUACGUCUAUCGUAAUAGGUUGUUUUACCCGUCAGAGAAAAUGGUUUUAGUAGAUGUCAUAAGGAGAUUAGCUGUGUAAAUUACGUAAUAGGAAUACUGUAUCAUAAUUUUAAAUAGAAUUGUUACACGGGACAUGUUUUCUCUAAGAAGAGAAAAGAAUAGUUUGAAAUAUCGAAGUUGCGCAGUAUUACAAACUAAUAAAAAGUUUACGAGAA